CAUUUAUAUAGUUUUCUCAUGUUGCCACAACAGGUCUGAAGGCCGUGAUGGAGACGAUCAAUUCCUCUUCCUACAACUUCAGGACAACUACUCUGCCUCCUGAAGAUGGCUAUGACGAUUUUGACAAGUAUUUGUUGAAGUCUCUCCACAUCAUGUCUAUGAUAGUUUACUCUCUGGUCUUCGUCCUCGGUGUGGUCGGGAAUGGAGUGGUCAUCUGGGUGACUGGGUUCAAGAUGAAGAAAACGGUGAACACAGUUUGGAUUCUCAAUCUCGCUGUGGCUGAUUUCCUGUUCACAGCAUUUCUUCCCUUUGCAGUGACCUACCUGGCGCUGGAUUUCCACUGGCCCUUCGGCAAUUUCAUGUGCAAGCUACACACCACAGUCAGCUUACUGAACAUGUUCACCAGCAUCUACUUUUUGAUGGUGAUCAGUGUGGACAGAUGCGUGUCAGUGGUUUGGCCCGUUUGGGCGCAGAACCACCGGAACGUACGCAAGGCCUCCUGGGUGAGUCUGGGAGUUUGGGUGGUGGCUUCGAUUCUCAGUGUUCCGUACUUCGUCUUCAGGGACACCGAGGAUGACCUCGAGGCAAACUUGACAUUCUGCUUCGACAACUUUGCUCUUUCCGAUGACUACGAAACGCCGUCCGUGAACCAGCUGCGUAAGUUUCGUCAUGAGGCGCUGGUCGUCGUCCGCUUCCUCCUGGCAUUCGUUGUCCCCUUCACCGUCAUCGUCUCCUGUUACGCCAUCAUCAUCCACCGCCUCAGGAGAAACCGAACCCUGGCCAGCCAGACCAGCCGCCCCUUUAAGAUCAUCGCUGCCAUCAUCUUCACUUUUUUCGUGUGCUGGGCUCCACUUCACAUCAUGGGUCUAAUUCACUUGGUAAAAUUCUCUUCAGAUGAACCAAACAACAAAUUAGAAUUUGUCAUCACUGUUGGCAUCCCCAUAGCCACCAAUCUGGCCUUCCUCAACAGCUGCCUGAACCCACUGCUGUAUGUGUUCAUGGGCCAAGAGUUAAAGAAUGAAGUCCGCAAAUCCAUCCUGAAAGCGCUGGAGUCGGCCUUCCAGGAGGAGAAGACUCGUUCAACCUAUGCCAUGAAAACAGGGGAGAGCAAA